UCAACUCUCUGUUCUGUCCUUCCUCAGUCCUCUCUCUCUCUCUCUCUCAUCUUUUCUCUCUUUAAUAUUUUCGUGUGCAUAAAAAUAAUGGCCACGGUGACUGCUUCUGCUAGUCUUAAUCUGAGAAGUCGUUUUCCUUUGGUAAAGUAUUCGACCGAACUUCCCAAUAUCCCAGCUUUGUCUAAUUACCAUGGCAAGUCUCGCUUUAAGUUGGUGCCUGCAAUGCCAACAUCAAGGAGAAGACGACCUCUGCUUUCUAGUGUUUUUGUAAAAGACACAUUUUCCCAAGCUAUUGACAUGGUUGAUGAAGAAGAAGAAGAAGACAAGGAAGAAUCCAGUGAGACCCUUUUGUACUCAUUUAGUCCUCUGCCUCUGAUGCUUGUGGCUGCUCUACCUGGAGCUGGGGCUGUAAGAUCUUUAUUUGGGCCUUUUGUUGAGCUUGUCAAGUCAUGGAAUCUUCCUGAUUGGCUUGUGCACUGGGGCCAUCCUGGAAAUAUGGCUGUGGUGCUCUUUGCCAUGGGUGGCUAUGGAACCUAUUUGGGAUUUCGGAUACGUUUCUCUGACGAUUUGAAAGAGAGAGCCAAAGCCAAAGACUUGCACCCAAAGCUUUUAGGUGGGAUGUUUUUCUUCUUUGCUCUUGGAGCAACUGGUGGAAUAACUUCUCUUCUCACUUCUGACAAGCCCAUCUUCGAGAGCCCACAUGCCGUUACGGGCUUUAUUGGCCUCGCUCUCUUGACCAUUCAAACCAUUCUUCCUACAUUGUUUGAGGGAAAUCCAGGAUUACGAAAUCUUCAUGGUAUCUUGGGUAGUGGAAUCAUGACUCUAUUUCUUGUUCACGCGGCUCUUGGCCUCCAACUUGGCAUAAGCUACUAACUAUGAUCUUGCUCAUUCCUUUUACUUCUAUAUAAAGGUUCUAUAUAAAGGGUCCAUUUAACCUAAUCUUUUGUAAGUUUUACAUUUUUUUUUUUACUUUCGGUUAUUAUAAGCAUAAUAAACGUGUAUGAUAUGCAACA